CGUGCGCGGUUCCGAGCGCCGCCGCGGCGGGCCCGGGCUCAGGUUUGGGUCGCCGGUUUGGGCACCGUGCUCCCGUCCCUCUGGCCUGCGCCCUGCCAGCCUCCCUCAGCAGGUGCUCAGCUGUGCAGGAGGCCUCUGGGAGAGGGGCAGCAGGAGGGGAGACAUAGCCAUGGCCAGGAGCUGGCUACCAGCCCAGGCGGAGGAGUCUGUGACAUUCAGGGAUGUGGCCGUGUUCUUCAGCCAGGAUGAGUGGUCGCACCUGGACUCUGCUGAGAGGACCUUGUACCGGGAGGUGAUGCUGGACAACUACAGAACCCUGGCCUCCCUGGGGAUUGUGUUUUCCAAGCCAAAAGUCAUCUCCCAGUUGGAGCUAGGGGAGGACCCCUGGAUGGUGGAAAAUGGGAUUCCUCCAAGUCCACUUCUGGGAUGGGAGAGCUUGUUUGAAACCACAGUCUCUGAAGAAGAAAAUCAGGAAGUCAUGAAAAAACUCAUAGUUGAUGGUGCUUUUGACUUCAAGUUGGGAAAAACCUACAUAAAUGAGCACAAGUCAGAGAAGCAACAAGGCAAAAAGAAACUCUUCAGGAAAGUGUUAGUUACCAUCAAAAAAGUCUACAUCAAGGAGAGGAGCUUGAAAGGUAUUGAGCUUGGGAAAAAUCUUGGUCUGAAACCAUCACUUAUUAGAAAGCCCAGAAUUGUUUCUGGAGGAAGAAAACCCCGUUCCCAGCAGUACCCAAUUCUCUUUAAACAACUGGGAGUCAACACUGUGCGUAAAUGCUACAAGUGUAGUGUCUGUGGAAAGAUCUUCCUUCACAGCUCUUCCCUGAGUAAGCACCAGAGGAUCCAUACGGGAGAAAAGCUCUAUAAAUGCAGGGAAUGCAGGAAAGCCUUCAGCCAAAGCUCCUCCCUCACUCAGCACCUGCGCGUCCACACUGGAGAGAAGCCCUACAUAUGUCAUGAGUGUGGGAAAGCCUUCAGUUUCACCACGUCUCUCAUUGGACACCAGAGAAUGCACACUGGAGAGAGACCCUAUAAGUGCAAAGAAUGUGGGAAAACGUUUAAAGGGAGCUCGUCCCUUAAUAACCACCAGCGAAUCCACACUGGAGAGAAGCCAUACAAGUGUACUGAGUGUGGGAGGGCCUUCAGCCAGUGCUCCUCCCUCAUCCAGCACCACCGAAUUCAUACCGGGGAGAAGCCGUAUGAGUGCAGUCAGUGUGGAAAGGCCUUCACUUCCAUCUCACGGCUGAGCAGACACCACCGGAUUCACACUGGAGAGAAGCCUUUUCACUGUAAUGAGUGUGGGAAAGUUUUCAGUUACCAUUCAGCCCUCAUCAUCCAUCAGAGAAUUCACACCGGUGAGAAGCCGUAUGCUUGUAAAGAAUGUGGUAAAGCCUUUAGCCAAAGCUCAGCUCUUCUCCAGCAUCAGCGGAUUCACACUGGAGAGAAACCCUACAAGUGCAAUGAAUGUGGGAAAGCCUUCUCCUGGGUUUCACGGCUUAAUAUACAUCACAGGAUCCACACUGGAGAGAAACCUUAUCAUUGUAAGGAAUGUGGAAAAGCCUUCAGUUCCCACUCAGGAGUUAAUACUCACCGAAAAAUUCACACUGGAGAGAAACCUUAUAAAUGUAAUGAUUGUGAAAAAGCCUUCAACCAAAGCUCAGCACUAAUUCAGCACCAGAGAAUCCACACUGGAGAGAAACCCUAUAGCUGUAAGGUCUGUGGGAAAGCCUUCCGACAGAGCUCAUCCCUCGUGACCCACACGAGGGUCCACACAGGAGAAAAGCCUUACAAGUGCAGGGCAUGUGGGAAAUCCUUCAGCCAGAGCUCCUCCCUGACCAACCACCAGAGGACCCACAACUCAGAGGCUCGGGUCAGGAACCCUCAGCUAGGAACCUCCCACAGGGACCACCAAAGAGCUGACCCCAGGGGGAGUGUGAGGAGAGGAGAAAUCAGAUCUUGUCCCCCGUCGGACACUCAGGAUGCAGGGGAACUGGAAUAUUAGGAAAGCUUCUGGAAAAUGUUCACUCGUAUGUCCUUAACUUAUUACUCUAAGUGUGUUCAGUUAUGGGGUUGAUAAUUAUUUUAUUUCUAGGAUGUGCGAUAACAGCCAUCAGCUUUCAUGAGCGUCACUGGAAACCCUGCUGGUUUAUGUGAAAAUGCAGCCAAAAAAUCCAGACUUCAGAUAAAUCUAGCAAUCUAUUUUUUUUGAAACUACAUUUAAAUGUUACGCAAGCCAGUUGUCCUAGGAAGAACAUUUUGGGAAAGAGAUACAUAUAGGUGACCUGUAGCUACCUCACUGUCACUGAAAUUUGUUUGUUUGUUUUAUGAUCCUAAGGCAAAUUCUGUUACAGCUUUGAGUUUGUUUGCUUUCUAUGCCAUUCAGGAGAAUGGGGGGUGUGAGGUUUGGGCUAGUGCUGGGAGGCCUGGGGGAGGUGUGGAACGAACCUCACACCCCAAACCUCACAUCCCUCUUUAAUUAUGCAGUUACAUUGUCUUUUGGGUUUUCUUUGUGAGGACUUGUUCUAAACUCUGACCUAGAUCUGAAGUCACUUUAAGUCAUAAAAUGCAUGGUGUUUCAUCUGUUUUCCUCAUAAAGUGAUUACCUUUGCUGUAUUGAAUCAAGAAGUAAAGGUCAUUCAGACAUUUGCUGCUAUUACAGAUUAAUUUACUAAUCAGCAUUGUUAGAAAUUAUUUCACGAUGUCCCCAUGGAGGGCUCAGCUCUUGUCUCCUGAGCUGUGCCUGGUUCUGUGAUCUCUGUUACCAGCACCAGGAACAAUGUGGAACUCCAGUUGUCACCCUGGGGGUGAGGUGAGCCUCUGGGCCUUCACCCUAAACAUCCCGCUUUUUUCAUCCUCAUCAGUGUAAUUCCCUCCCCACACUCUGAGGGGCGCUGGAAGAAUAUUCAGGCUCCAGACAGUGGACCUAACAGCCUUCAGCAAGUUAUUUAGCCCACGGCAGCGUUUCUAAAAUGUGAACCAUAAUAUUAGGAAGCUGGAAACGAUUACCUCACUAGUGAGACUGGGACUGGUGAGCUCUGUUGAGGCUACCAUCACCCAGGUGUCCUGGCUACACAGGAGGCCCAUGCACUUGGGUCUGAGAUCUGAUUUCAUGAAGUGCUAGUUUUCUUUCUCUGCCAAGAAGUUUAAAAAAUUAAAAACACAA